AAGCCUCAGAGCCGGUGAACUCCCAUUCUCAGUGCGGUGGUGGGACUUCCUCAUUUGCCAGCUGGGAGGAGGAGAAGAGGAAGUGAGGGCAUGGAGGAGGGGCCGCUUCUAGAAGUGAAUCAGGGGCAGGGACCCCUGGGACCACAGACCCGACGCCGGGUGGCCGGAGGAAGGGAGAGCUGAACUCAGCCCGGGCCUGGCUGCUGAGACCCUUGGUGCCCACGCCCCCAGACACAUCGGCCAUGGCCUCGGCCCAGCAGCUGCGGGCUAAGAGCGACUUUGAACAACUUCCUGACGAUGUCGCCAUCUCAGCCAACAUCGCCGACACCCAGGAGAAAAGAGGCUUCACCAGCCACUUCGUCUUUGUCAUCGAGGUGAAGACUAAAGGGGGCUCCAAGUACCUCAUCUACCGCCGCUACCGCCAGUUCUACGCCCUGCACAGCAAGCUGGAGGAGCGCUUCGGGCCCGAGAACAAGAUGAGCCCCUUCACCUGCACCCUGCCCACCCUUCCAGCCAAAGUCUACGUGGGUGUGAAGCAGGAGAUCGCGGAGUCGCGGAUACCGGUCCUCAACGCCUACAUGAAGGACCUCCUCAGCCUGCCUGUCUGGGUGCUGAUGGACGAGGACGUCCGGAUCUUCUUCUACCAGUCACCCUAUGACUCCGAGCAGGUGCCGCAGGCGCUCCGCAGGCUGCGCCCCCACACCCGGAAAGUCAAAAGCCAGUCCCGGCAAGGUGCCCCCUUGGACCGCUUGGCAGCUCCUCGCGCAGAGGCGCUGUUUGACUUCACUGGGAACAGCAAAUUGGAGCUGAGUUUCAAAGUUGGAGAUGUGAUCUUCCUGCUCAGUCGGAUCAAUAAAGACUGGCUGGAGGUAAGGUUGGAGGGCACUGUCCGGGGAACCACGGGCAUCUUCCCCCUGUCCUUCGUGAAGAUCCUCAAGGACUUCCCGGAGGAAGACGACCCCACCAACUGGCUGCGCUGCUACUACUACGAGGACACCAUCAGCACCAUCAAGGACAUUGCAGUGGAGGAAGACCUCAAAAGCACCCCACUAUUCAAGGACCUGCUGGCGCUCAUGAGGCGGGAGUUCCAGAGAGAGGACAUCGCCCUGAACUACCGGGACGCCGAGGGGGAUCUGGUUCGGCUGCUGUCGGAUGAGGAUGUGAGCCUCAUGGUGAGGCAGGCCCAGCAUCUCCCCACACAGAAGCGCCUCUUCCCCUGGAAGCUGCAUGUCACCCAGAGAGACGACUACAGGGUCUACAACACAGCCCCCUGAGCCCACGAUGCCCCUGGGCUAUGAGGGGACACUGGCCAGGAAACUUCAGCCCCGGAAGAGAUGAGGGCCUGGAGCAGCUGGCAAGGGGCUGCCUUCAUGGUCCUGAAUCUGAUGGACUGCAGGGCUGUCCCGUCAGCGUCCGUGCCUGGUUCUCACUUAAAUAAACCAUUUCAUGUC